AUGUUCGUAAAUACCCUUGUCGAAGAAAAAAUCCCAGUAAAAGCAUCAAUCGAUACAACAUCUAAAUCCAAUACUAUUAGCAAGAGCUUGUUCGAUAAGUUUGAAGAAGAUUAUGGGUUGGAAUGUUUAUCUGGCGAUGAAUUGAUCGGUGAAGAAAUAAAAGGCUUAGAUUUGCAAUUUUGCUAUAAAGGAAAGUGGCGAAGUUUAGAUGGUACCGAAGUAAUAGACUUUCAAAUUCACAAAAAUCCAUCAUUUGAUUUGGUAUUAGGGAGAGAUUGGUUAUGGAUACAUAAAGCAAAAAUAGGUUUCGGAUUCUCUUCUGAAAUCAAUGAUUUGUAUGCUAAAAUUGUAAUAGAUGGUAUGAGCAUCCCGUUAAUCGAUGAAGAUUUUAAUAGGUUCGAAGAACCAUUGCUCUGCAAUAAAGCCGGCUCUAGUAAAAAUAACCCACAUAAGUCCGAUUUAUCAAUGGAGGAGAUUACGAAUAUAAUUAAGAAAAUUCUCUCAGAUGUCGAAGAUAAUCAGUCGGGUUCUUCUGAUUCCCACAAAUCCCAACAAUGUCGUAUCAGUUCACAUCAAAAAAGAAAAGAUAUGGAGAGGCCAAGAUUAUCAAAAGCGUUAUAG